CGUCUCUCUCUCUCUCUCUCUCUCUCUCUCUCUCUCUCCUCCUCUAUCUCUAACACCUCUGCAAUGGCGGUUUCUAAACCCUAAACAAGGUGCCUCCCCUCCCUACACCUUCCUUCCAAUUUCACUCGCUUCUGAUUCUGAUUCUUAUCUCAUUCGAUUUCAGCACAAUCGAAUUCAGAUUCGUUAGAGCAUUUCAGGUGGUGCGUUAUCGCGACCUCGUUGUUUAGGUUUAGCGGAGGCUAUUAGGUUUUGGAGGUUUGGGGAUCCGAUUAGGCGAAAUGGAUCCUCCUCCAGCGGCGAAAAAGCGUGGGCGGCCGAGAAAGCGGCGAGCGGAUAAUCGGAAAGCGGGACCGGAGGCGAAGAAACAGGCGGUGGAGGCGAGAUCGGUGGCGUUGCUGGGGCGGUACGUGUUGAAGGAGUUUGAAAAGAGUGGGAUUUAUCUGGGGAAGGUUGUGUUUUACGAUACCGGAUUGUAUAGAGUGCACUAUGAAGAUGGCGAUUCCGAGGACUUGGAAAGCGGUGAGAUUCGGGGCAUUCUGGUGGGUGAAAGUGAUUUGGAUGGGGAUUUGAGUGCUAGGAGGAAGAGAUUGGAUAAGAUAGUUGCCAAAGUAAGUGUCGAAAAGAAGGUUGAGGAGAAUGUGGAGAAGGAGGUUGCGGUUGAAUCUUCGGAAUUCAGUGAGUGGAGCGGUAGAGUGACAUUUGACAAUGAUGAGGUUAGGGAGGAUGGUGAUGGUGAGUUGUCUAGUGAAUCCAGUGAGUGUGUGGGGGGUGUGGGGGGUGUGGAACCCGGGGUUGAUGUUGAGACCCCGGCUGUGCCGCCACCGCAGUUGCCACCGUCUUCUGGGACCAUAGGUGUGCCGGAGCAGUGCGUUUCGCAUCUUUUGUCUGUGUAUGGGUUUAUGAGGUCGUUUAGUAUAUGCCUGUUCUUGAACCCGUUUACUUUGGAUGAUUUUGUGGGUUCGCUUAAUUAUCGUGCUCCAAACACAUUGUUUGAUGCGAUUCAUGUUGCUUUGUUGCGUGCUUUGAGACGGCAUCUUGAAACAAUCUCAUCCGAAGGCUCAGAGCCUGCACAAAAAUGUUUGAGGUGCAUAGACUGGAGCUUGCUUGAUACAUUGACAUGGCCUGUUUACUUGGUCCUGUAUUUAACAAUAAUGGGAUAUGCAAAAGGACCAGAGUGGAAAGGCUUCUAUGAUGAGGUUUUGGAUAGGGAGUAUUAUUUAUUAUCAGUUGAUAGGAAGUUAAUUAUUUUGCAAAUCAUUUGUGACGAUGUGUUAGAUACUAGAGAAAUAAGAGCUGAAUUAGACAUGCGUGAAGAAUCAGAAGUUGGAAUAGAUUAUGAUGACGAAGCAACCGGUGCUCUUGUAAAUGGGCCAAGAAGGGUCCAUCCAAGAUACUCCAAAACUUCUGCCUGCAAGGACAGAGAAGCAAUGGAAAUUGCUACUGAACCCCAUGAGAUAAAAUCAUUAAGUUCCAAAGUUUCAAAAGGGGAACUUGAUGCUACCAAUGUUGAUUUGGAUCGUAACUCUGACGAAUGUCGGCUUUGUGGCAUGGAGGGGACGUUGCUUUGCUGUGAUGGAUGCCCAUCUGCCUACCACACGAGGUGUAUAGGUGUGAUGAAACUGUCGAUACCAGAAGGAUCCUGGUAUUGUCCGGAGUGCGCUAUUAACAAAAUUGGGCCCACUAUCACAGUUGGAACAUCAGUUAAGGGAGCACAAUUAUUUGGGAUAGAUUCCUAUGAGCACAUCUUCUUGGGCACUUGCAACCACUUACUUGUGCUUAAGGAAACUAUCAACACAGAACCAUGUCUUAGAUAUUACAAUCAGCAUGACAUUCCAAAAAUUCUGAAAGUUCUUUAUUCAUUUGGGCAAAAUACAUCUUUUUAUCUGGGCUUGUGCAAGGAAAUUAUAGAAUAUUGGAAUAUCCCAGAAAGCAUCUUUUCUCUUUCAGAGCUGGCUGAAUCAAAGACUAAUUUGGCAAAGAUAAAGGAAGAGGCGAACUUUCCUGCCCAGUCACUUUCUUUUUCUGGCAAGGAUUGUCAAAAAGUUAAGGAUAUGGUCAUGGCUGGGAACUACGAGACUUAUGCAAAUGAAGACAAUUUAGAUAAACCGGUUUCAUCUUUUGAAUGUCAUGGUGAUAGUACAGCACAGGAGUACCCGCAGAGGAAUAUGGAGAUUGACAAGAGGAAUAAAAUAGAAUAUGCUAUUUCGACCAGUUCUGGUACUCAGCCAGCUGAUCCAUCUUACUUGGUCCACAGAAGCUCAGUUGACAGAUCAACUGCAAUUGACCAGAGGACAUGCAUACCAGGGAACAUCAACAGUGGUAACAAAGUGCAUUCUAAUGGUAGGCCUCUUUCAGCGCCUUCACAAAACGAUGAAGGCGAUCGUAUAGGAAAGGUUUACUCCACUUCGCUUGAUGAUUGCAUAUACAAGGGUUCUCUCUUUAAACCCCAUGCAUACAUAAAUUACUAUGUGCAUGGAGAUUUUGCUGCAUCUGCUGCUGCAAAACUGGCUGUACUUUCAUCAGAAGAAGCUCGGGGUUCAGAUGUCCAGGCUUCAGGCAAUACCCGGAAAGUUGCAUCAUCAAACAAUUUAUGGCAGGCAAAGGCCUUUUCACUAGCAGCCUCACGUUUCUUCUGGCCCAGUUUUGAUAAGAAGCUUGUGGAGGUUCCAAGAGAGAGGUGUGGUUGGUGUCUUUCUUGUCAGGCUUCAGUUGCAAGCAAGAGAGGAUGCAUGCUAAAUCAUGCUUGUUUGAGUGCCACUAAAGGCGCUAUGAAGAUCCUUGCCAGCCUUCGUCCUAUAAAGAGUGUGGAGGGGAAUCUUGUAAGCAUCGCAACAUACAUCUUAUACAUGGAGGAGAGUUUGCAUGGUCUAAUAACUGGCCCCUUUCUCAAUGAAAAUUUUAGGAAACAGUUGCGCCAACAAGUUUAUCAAGCAUCAACCUGCAGUUUAAUAAAAGUCCUAUUGCUCAAACUUGAGGAAAACAUCAGAACAAUUGCUCUUUCUGGGGAGUGGAUUAAACUGGUAGAUGAUGUGCUGGUUGAAUCUUCCAUGAUUCAAGGUCCUACGUGCACUGCUGGAACAUCACAAAGACGUGGACCAUACUUCAGGAGGGGAAGGAAACAAAGUGCAAUUCAAGAGGUUAUAGAUGAUGAGUGCAAUGACAAGAGUUUCGUAUGGUGGCAAGGAGGGAAGCUGUCAAAAAUCAUAUUCCAGAGAGCAAUUUUGCCCUGCUCAUUAGUUAAAAAAGCAGCUCGCCAAGGUGGAUCGAGGAAAAUUUUUGGUGUAUCUUAUGCUGAUGGUCCUGAUAUUCCUAAAAGAAGCAGACAAUCAGUAUGGAGGGCUGCAGUUGAAUUGAGCAAGAAGGGAUCCCAGCUUGCAGUUCAGGUUAGAUACUUGGACUAUCAUUUGAGGUGGAGUGAUCUUGUUCGCCCUGAGCAAAACCUCCUUGACGGGAAAGCUGCAGAGGCAGAAGCUUCUGCGUUUAGAAAUGCAAGUAUAUGUGAUAAAAAAAUGUUAAAGAACAACAUCGUCUAUGGGGUUGCAUUUGGUAGUCAAAAGCAUCUGCCUAACCGUGUAAUGAAAAGUAUCAUUGAGACAGAGCAGAAUCAAGAUGGAACGAACAAGUUCUGGUUUCUUGAAUCCCGCAUUCCUUUAUAUUUGAUUAAGGAGUAUGAAGAAAGUGUAGCUAAAGUGCCUAUGCCAUCAGUUCAGGAGCCUAAUCUAUUGAACAAGUUACAGAGAAGGCAGCGGAAUGCGAUCCGCAGGGACAUAUUUUAUUAUCUCGAGUGUAAGAGAGAUAAUCUGGACUUGAUUAUCUGCUCUUUGUGUCAACUGGAAAUAUUAGUGCGGAAUGCAGUCAAGUGCAGUUCUUGUCAAGGUUAUUGUCACGAGGCCUGUACCAUAAGUUCCACAGUUUCUACAAAUGAGGAAGUUGAGUUCUUGAUCACCUGCAAGCAGUGCUACCAUAUGAAAGUUCUUGCCGAAAAGCAAAAGUUUAAGGAGUUUCCAACUAAUCCUUUGCCCUUGCAAAAGAAAGAAUAUCAUACUCCACUGACAGUCACAACUGCUGGAAGGCCUAAAUACCAUAACCAAUCAGUAACCUCUAUCAAGGUUCAGGAGCCUCGUUCUGAGAUUAAACAAGCUACCACAGACUCAGGUUUGGCAACAAAAAAACGCCGCCCAAUUUGUUCUUGGGGUGUUAUAUGGAAGAAGAAGACUCCGGAAACCGGCACCGAUUUCAGGAUUAAUAACAUACUCCUUGGGGGUCGUUCGAAUGUGCAUGGGUUGAAACCUGUUUGCCACUUGUGCCAUAUGCCAUAUAUGUCUGAUCUGACAUAUAUAUGCUGUGAAUUUUGCAAAAAUUGGUACCAUGCUGAAGCUGUUGAACUUGAGGAGUCAAAGAUCUGUGAUGUGGCAGGCUUCAAGUGUUGCAAGUGUCGCAGGAUAAAAUCACCUCUUUGUCCUUAUACUGAUCUCAAAGAUAAGACCUUGCAAGAGAGCAAGAAGAUUCGCAUUAGGCGUUCAAAGCAAGAAAAUAUUGGAGAGGACUCGGAUUCUGCAUCCUAUUUGGAUUCUGAGGUGUUUGAACCUACUACUCCAGUGUUUCCCAUGGAGGAAGUCUCCAUCCAGGAUGAUGAUCCUCUUCUUUUUGCUCUCUCAAGAGUGGAGCUAAUUACAGAACACAAUUCAGAAGUUGAUGCUGAAUGGGAUACUGCUGGGCCAGGGCCACGAAAAUUACCUGUGAGAAGGCAGGUUAAGCGUGAAGAAGACUUGGAUAUAUAUUGUCAGAGUAACAAUUCUCAUGCCGAAAGAACUAUGCAUGAAGAAACAAAUUAUGUGUCAGAACCGAUGGAGGUUGCGGCAUUCCCUCAUGUGGAAUGGGAUGCUUCCAUGAAUGGCGUUAAUGGUGAGAUGAUGGGAGAGUAUGAAGAUCUGAAUUACGAUUUUAUGGAACCGCAAACUGUCUUUACUAUCAAUGAGUUGCUGGCACCUGAUGACGGCGACCUUUUUGAUGGAGCUGAAACAUUUGCGGAUAUACCAGGAAAUAUGGACAAUCCAUAUACAACUUUGCAGCAUGUAGGCGCUGAGCAAUAUAAUGUUGACACUUUCACAGACGAACCAAAGUCUGCAUUUACUGAAACAUCUGCUGUCAAUAUGAUGCAAUGUCAGAUAUGUUUACAUGCUGAACCAGCUCCUGAUCGUUCUUGCAGUAACUGUGGGCUAUUAAUACAUAACCAUUGUUCCCCUUGGUUUGAGUCAUCAUCUCAGAAUGACAGCUGGAAGUGUGGACAGUGUCGGGAAUGGAGGUAGCCAUGUCAUUCAGGUUUUGUGCGAGAAGUUGCAAGAAAUCACCAUAGACUCAAUGAUGGUCGUCAAUUCAUUGUCUUGUCAGAGGUGGCAUCAGAUAUGGAGAUUUCAGUUGAUAGUUUGGCGGUUGCCUCUCCUGCCAGUGCCAAGUACUCAUUUCUAACCUAAUCAAUUUUCAGAGGUUUGGGAAGCUGAAUCAUGACUUCCCAACCAUAUAUUUUGUUACAUGCGCACCUCCGAAAUGUUUUGGAUGAGAUUU